AUGAAACGGAUUCAAAGAGCUUUAAGCAUGUCAUCUGAAACACUUGAAGUGAAAGCCCCGCCUUCUUCAAGAUUCAAUAACUUCACAACACCAUCUUCAACUAGCAUCACAUACCUCCUUGAUCUAACCUCUAAUCCAAUCGGCUUAUCGCUCAAAUCUAAUUCACACCUAAUUGCCUUCGCGAAAUCCCCUUUUCCAUCCCUCAAUAGCGGCACUUCAUCGCUGAUGUUCAAAUCAGCCUUCCAUGCCUUCAUCACGAAGGCAUCGUUAACUGAAAUACAAGUGAUUGUGUCGACGCCCUUUGAUUUUAGUUCGUUGGAUUUCUCGACGAAUUUGGGGAGGUGUUUCUAG